UGCGCACGAUCUUUAGCAAAAUCCCAAUGGAUAAAAGUCAGCCAGAGUGGAGAAAAAUACACCUUCCAAAUCCAGGGUAGUUUUGGUCUAGUGUUGUUGGUGCAGUACAACGUCCUCACAGUGUGUGUGUGUAUGUGUGUGGGCGGGGAGGACCAUGGAUAAAUAGAGCGCACACUCCUCUCCUGUGCGUAAACGCGUAGGGCGCUGGACCUGGCCGAGACACGGAGCUCUGGGGCUGGCUAUGAAUCAAUGGAAACAUUUAUAUUAAUUACUUAGCAUAGAAAAGGGCCUGUAAUUUUCAUCGUUUAGGCUAACACACAAACACACACACACUUUUUUAUUGCGCAAAAUGGAUGAAGACAAACAUCUAUCAAAUUGAAAGUUGUAACAUUUCGUUGUUAUGUCAAAUGUGGAGCGUUCACUCUUGGACUAACCAAUGAUCCAUAUUUUUCUGCACCGGGGACGCACAAUCCACUACUAUCAGAGAGAUGCCCUAGCUGUUCCUGAGGAUGCUUUGAACUUUAUCAAGGAUUGUUUUGUUCCCGGGAGGACAUCGGAGAAAUACUCCUUGAUCUGGACGCUUUGCGCAUUGCGUAACUGGCAGGGAAAUGCUCUUGCCCGUUAGAGAGGUUACACAUAAUGUUGGGAUUAAUCUCUGCUGGAAGGCGUUUAUCGCACCAUGUAUAUUGUAAAUGCAGCAGAAACAAGGAUGAGAGUGUUUAGUAUGCUUCGGAGAGCUCGACACAAGAUGCUGGUGGCGCUCUGUUGGCUGUUUUUGGUUCUGACGAGGAGCGGAGCAGUUUCCAGAUGUGUGGACCAUGCCUGUAGUCCACCCAUAGGGAACCUGGCUAGUGGCAGGACCCUCCUCACCCUCUCGAGCUGCUGUAGGAACAGCUCCUUCCACCACAGCUCUUGCCCCCAUCCUCCUGUGACCCCCCACCUCUGCCCAGAGGACACCCACCCAACUGCUCACAUGACUGACGACCCUUUCUUGCAUCCGGAUACCUGGUGGGCAUCAGGUGCAGGUACCACCAUGCAGGAGCAGGAGGAUGAGAUCCGGUUGGACCUGGAAACACAAUUCUGUCUGUCCCAUGUGGUUUUGGUGUUCAGGUCACCCCGGCCUGCUGCCAUGAUCAUCGAACGUUCAGCUGACUUUGGAAAGACCUGGGAAGCUCUUAAGCUCUUUGCGCACAAUUGCAGCAUGGAGUUUGGUUUACCUGAUGAUUUUACUCAGCCAGGCUCUUUGUGUACAUCGCGUUAUGCCAGUGCUACACCCUGCAGUGGGGGGGAGGUAAUAUUACGGACACUAGACCCCAGCAGUGCUAAGACACUGGACCCUUACAGUCCGGAGGCCCUCGCCCGCCUCACCCUCACAAACCUCCGCAUCAGACUGCUAAAAGCUCAGACCUGUCCGGCACCUCUAAAUCCCCUUGCAGAGUGGACAAGCCCCAAAGCCUCAGCUCUGACCUCCACAUCCACUACAGAAAGCCCAGCUUCAGCACCUUAUGCUAUUUAUACUUUACUGGCCAGAGGGACCUGCCUGUGCCACGGACAUGCUGAGUAUUGUGUACCAUACAACAACAGCCAAGACACAAGACAGGACAGCAACAUGGUGUCUGGUAGGUGUCUAUGUACUCACCACACAGCAGGGGAUCACUGUGAGAAGUGUGCCCCGCUCUACAAUGAUCGUCCCUGGAGGCCUGCCAACAGCAGCAGUGGGGAAUCCAACCCAUGCCAGAAGUGCCAGUGUCACGGUCACGCAGAUAGCUGUCACUUCUCUCAGCGGGCAUGGCUUUCCUCCGGCGGGACCAGUGGCGGCGUUUGUGAUGACUGCAGACACAACACUGUCGGGCGCAGGUGCCAGCGCUGUCGCCAUGGCUACCACCGCCACCCAUCGCUGCCCCUCAACUCCUCCCACGUCUGCACACGUUGCUGGUGUGAUCCACAGGGCACUUUGCCUCCUCGACGUGGAGAGGAGGCACCCUGGUGCCACCCUAGAAGCGGGCAGUGCCACUGCAAAUCUGGUGUAGGGGGCACAGGCUGCAGCCACUGCCUGCCUGGCUAUUGGGGUUUUGGAGAGGAGGGCUGCAAACCGUGUGCCUGCCCUCACAGCUGUGAUCCAACCACUGGGCAGUGUCUGAACAGCUACUCAAAUAAUCAGGUGUUCAAUGUGCCCAUUGGUGGAAAAAUCCCCGAUCUGGAUCACAUGUUCACAAUUGAAGAAGAGGAACAGUGGUCGAAGGAGCUUGCUGUCUCUGCUCUGCAUUACACGGGAAAGUGUAGCUGUAAGGAGAAAAAGCUGAGAAGUGUGUCUGACCUCUGUAAGACCAAACAUGAUUAUGUGAUCAAGGCCAGUGUGCUGUCUGCUCAUGACAAAGGCAGCCACGCAGAAGUACAGGUCAAAGUUCGCAAGGUCGUUCGAUCAGGCCAAGUGGCGCUCCACUUGGGGACCAUCAGCAUCUAUCCUCUGUCCUGGACCAGCCGUGGCUGCACCUGUCCUAUUCUAAACCCAGGUAUGGAGUACCUGCUAGCAGGCCCAGAGGAGGCCAGGACAGGCCGUUUGCUGGUCACCAUGCAGAGUGUGGUGGUCCCAUGGACACCCCGACUAGGUCUACUUAUAUCGGAGGGCCUGAGGAAUGGAUGUCCAUGAACCAAAUGAUCGAAAAAGGCAGGACACACUUCAGAGGAUUUCACAAGGAAAUGUAUGAGUCAGUGGACAAUUCAGAAAAGGGACUGAAGAUCACUGGACAACUUGCUGUCAUCAGGAGGAAAUUAUCCAAGAGUCAAACUCAUGAUAAGUCGAGGUCAUAAAACUGAAGAAAUGUACUCACAAAGUGUGUGUGUGCAACACAAAAUAAAGACUGAAAUGAGUGAUUGGGUGUGGUCACAUAAAUAAUACACAUAAUAAACUGUCUGCAAGUGUGAUGUACCUGACAUUAAAGGCCUUAUUUGCAUACGAAA